AUGGGACAGAGGCUUUGUGAUGCUUCCUUCAGAUUUGCUGGAGGGGUUUCUUCAGUAAUAGCAACAAGAACAACAUCAGCGGCAGCGAUAGGAGAAUCAGGAGUUACUCCUUCUGUGAUGCUCACUGUGCGGCGACAUAUUGUCUCCUUUAAGGGCACCCCGCAGGAGUUCAUAGAAGAAGUUAACAGGGAAAAAACAGCCAUAGUGUAUUUCUAUACAAAGUGGUGUGAACCUUGCAAUCGACUAACCGCGAAGUUGCAACGACUGGCAGCUAAUGGAGCGUCAAAGCCAAACAGCGAGAAUGCAGAAACGUCUUCUGCAGCUGAUGUCUCCUCCUGUUCUGCAGCGUCUCCGUCUUCUUGUACUACUACUACUACUACUACUACUACUACUACUACUACUACUACUACUACUACUACUAUUUCUUCUUCCUCUUCAUCUCCCCUUUCUUCUUCUCUCCCCUCCUCCUCUCCCUCCUCCCCCUCCCCCUCCUCCUGCUCUAUUUCUUCUUCUUCUUGUUGUUGCUCGCGACCUUCACUAAAAGCUGACUCACAGCCCAGUGAUGCCGGUGCUGACGCCGAGUCAAAGCUUGAUGCUGAAGUCGUCUUGAAUAAUGCCGGUGAACUCUGCUUUCCAACGCGUGUAAAUGGUGAAACUGUGCGCAUUCUUCCUGUUGAUACGGAUGUACACCCCAAAUUGGGGGCUCUUCACGAUAUUCGCAGUAUUCCAACACUCAUAGCAUAUCGCGGUGGUCGUAUUGUUGGACGAGUGGAAGGAUCAAGUGAACAGGAACUGCGAAAACUCGUGCAUGACUUAAUACAGGAUAAUGAGCGGGAUACAGCAGCGGAUAGUAAAGCUGCCGGGAAAUGA